GAAAGUUUGCGACAACGUGGUUGAUUCUUCCAUUGUGAAUUAGAUCAUAGCAUCGAUUUUAUUUACCUGACCUGCUGUUGUUUCCGACGAUUCUGUUAUCGACAAUCUCGAGCUUCGAUGAUCGGAACUUAUAAUUUUGUGGCAAUUUGAAAUAUCAAUACAAGGAAUAGUUUGUGAUUCGUAGCACACGAUGUCUUUCAAUAGGCACGCGAAGUACUGUCAAAAGUGCAUUUUAUUAACAAGGCAACUUACGGACAGUGCAACAGGUAAAGAUGCCAGUGGAACUUUUACAGACAGAAUACUACGUUCUAUAAAUGACAUAAAGAAGGCCAAAAUGUCAAUGCAGAAUCAGUGGAAGCUCUUGUCACAAUUGAAGGACUAUCUAAACAAGACCAACUACGAUAAGAAUCCGCACAUCAGUCUGCCUAAAGAGUGGUUGGAUACUUUGCAAAAAUUAACCUACUCGCAACUUGAAACAAUACGAAAGCUGUCAUCCUUCGAGCACAAUAAAAUUACUGAUCCAGAAAAGAAUCUGAACACAACAAGACGUAAUGAUGACAGUGAUUCAAAGAAUGUAACAUUAAUGCCUGAACAAGUAAAGUCGAUAGGUGAUUCUACAAUUGUGCAACCGAGGAUACAACAGAAAGUUCAUGAACAAGAUACACCCGACAGUAAACUAGAAUCGAAGGAGAACUUUACCAUGCCGCAAAUUCUCUCCACACUGUUUCUCAAGUUAUCGCCCAAGGUUGUGCAGAGUAGCGCCGCACCAAAGUGGAAAGCGAAUAUUCACAACAAUAUUCCGAUACACAGUAUCGUGUCUCGCACGCGUCACGUUUUGAACAGCAUCGAAUCAGCGGAGUCAAAUGCCUCAAAGAUACGGAGGAUCGAGGAUCUAUUGGUACACGUCGAUCAGUAUCCAGAGGCGAGGCACUACGCGAUUAAGGAAGGAGCGAUCAGGAUUUUAUUGCGGGCUCGUCAAAAAGCUAAUGAUGAACAGAUCAGAGCGCCGAUUAGAGAGGCAUUGGCUGUAAUGGGCUACACCGAUCCCCUGCCUGGUCGAGGUAUCAGAAUCCUAUCGAUCGAUGGCGGUGGUAUUCGCGGAGUAUUGGUUAUCGAGAUGCUGAAGAAACUGGAGGAACUUACAGGAAAGAAGACGUACGAGAUGUUCGAUUAUAUAUGUGGCGUGAGCACGGGUGCUAUUCUGGCCGCAGUGUUAGUACUACCAAAGGAUCUUUCGGAAGGUGGAUACAAGAGGAAAUCAUUGGAGGAAGUUUCGGGAUUGUACAAGGACCUGAGUACCAGAAUAUUCACGCAGAGCGCUAUAAAAGGCACGAGCAGUCUGGUCUGGAGUCACGCAUAUUACGACACCGCACUAUGGGAACAAUUGUUAACAGAGCAGCUAGGUGACAAAAUUCUCAUCAAAACCACUCGCGAUCCAAAUGCGCCAAAGUUUUCAGCAAUAUCCGCCGUGGUAAAUCACGGAAACGUCAUGGCUUACGUGUUUAGAAAUUACACGUUACCGCAUAGGGUAGAGAGCCAGUACAUGGGAUCCCAUAAACAUAAAUUAUGGGAAGCCGUGAGAGCGUCAGCUGCUGCACCGAGUUACUUUGAAGAAUUCAAAAACGGCGAAUAUCUUCAUCAGGAUGGCGGCAUCCUUGUAAAUAAUCCAUGUGCCGUGGCGAUUCACGAGGCUAAACAAUUGUGGCCAAACAAUCAGAUACAAUGUGUCGUGUCGUUCGGAACCGGCCGAAUUCCACAUCGCAUUAGUGAAAAGGAAGUGGAGAUCUCGAGCUGGAAAGAAAAGUUCUUCAAAAUUUUGGAUAGCGCCACCGAUACAGAAGCUGUACAUACGAUGCUGAACGAUCUGCUACCUGAGCACAUCUACUUUCGGUUCAACCCUUACAUGACGGAGAUGUUAUCAAUGGUGGAGAUUCGACCUGAAAAAAUUGACCAGAUGGAGCAAGACGCGAGAAUGUACGUACGACGAAAUGAAGAGAAAUUCCAAAAGGCAGCCAUAGCUUUGAUGGAAAAGCGACGGAUGCAGCAAAGACUAAUGGACUGGGUCGCGUUGAGAAAACAAAUGUCGGGUCUAUGAUGAAUGAGAAGCAAAAAUAUCAUAUUGAUGUGUAUUUCAUAACACGAUCUGUGUUAGCGAGUCACUUGAACAUGUAUAGUACAAUCUUUUUACCUCUGAUAUGUUAAGAUCCUAUCACCUUGUACCUUUUUAAAUAAUUGUUUAAUUACGUUUUGAAUGAUAGACUAAGAGAUAUUUUAAGAGAUAUUCUAAAAGUAACGUAUUUAAACAAUGUUUAGUUAAAUAUAUUACAAUAAAGUAUAUAAUAAUAGGUGUA